UUUUCUCAGAUGGAAUCCGAUGAAAGCGCUCAACGUCGAGUUAAGGGCCGUAGCUUAGUCGCUUUCGCAAAAAUGCGCAAUAUCGAGAUAGAGAAGGACUAUACGGAACUAUCUUCCAACGAGCGUCAUUUUGUGCGUUUCUUCGAGGCCGACAACAUGAAUCGCAGCCAAUACGAUAACGUUCCUCUAUAUGACAAGGAUGCUGUUCGUCUGUUGCCCAGUUCCGGUGAAAGCGAUUUUGUGCAUGCCAGUAAAGUGAUCACAUCUGGCGGAGAGGGAGGUUACUACAUCAUCGCCCAAACACCGCUGGUCAAUCCAUCAAAGCCUCGUAUCGAUACUCAAUUCAAUUGGUAG